AGACAAUCAAAAGAACAUGCUGGCCACCAACACCAAACCAGAACCGCCAAUCGAUACUGCAUCUACCAAGGUGGAAGCUUCCGAAGCUCCUGCUACCUCUUCAGCUCCUGCUCCUACUACUACAGCUGAAGCGGACGAUGAUCUUGAUGAUCUUGACGACCUUUUGGACGACUUUGCUGAUGAUGUGUUAAAUAAACCACCCGGAGCAGGUGUUGCUUCCUCGGUCACCGGUGGGUCUGUUGCUGGGACCGCAGCUGGUGACACAGAAGCACCAUCCGGCUCUCCACUCAAUCCUCUAGCAAAUGAAUUAAACGAAGCAAAUAUCGAAGAUCUCAUUAAAGAUCUUAAAAUAGAUGACCCAGAAACUAAGAAACAAUUCGAAGAACUUGUCAAACAAUUCGAUACAACCCAUAAACCUACAGCCCUGGAGGCUGCUGCUAACCCACAGCAAUUCGACAAUGUAAUGAAGGAAACGAUGGAAAGAUUGAAGAAAUCAGGAAAGAAUAUUGAUGAACAAAUCAAGAAUGACCAAUCUAGUGCCAACCCUGAAGAUAUGUUGACUCAGCUUCUUGCCGGGUUGGGUGGUGAAGGCGGAGAUCUCGAUAUGUCAAAGCUCUUGGUGGAUAUGCUUGAACAAUUGUCUUCUAAGGAAGUGUUGUACGAACCUAUUAAGGACUUGAACACAAAGUUCCCUGAAUAUCUUACUGAAAACAAGGGAACCAUCCCUGAAGCUGACCAUGCCAACUACACCAAGCAAUAUGAACUCACAACUGAAAUCUUGGCGGUAUUCGAAGCUCCAGGUUAUGAUGAUGAAGAUAAGGCUAAAAGAGAAAAAGUUAAUGUUUUGUUGGAAUCUUUACAAGAAUUGGGCCAACCACCAUCUGAUUUGGUUGGUGAUGCUGGAGAUUUCCCUGGAUUUGGAGGCGCCGGUGCUGGUGGUUUGCCCGGAAUGGACUUCAACGACAAGGAUAUCCCCAAAGAUCUCGAAAAGGAGUUAGAGGAUGGUUGUAAGCAAACGUGAUUUAGUUCUAAUGUGUACUUCAAAUUUCCUAAUACAUACAUAUAUAAUACAAUUUUUAUUUAUUUAGUGACUGUAUUGAUUUCUGUU